AGAAUCUAGAAGGAGAAUGAUGUUCUAGGUUGGUUAUAAUUUUUCUAUGGUUUGGUCCCUCUUUCCGUCCCGAGCCGUGAAAAGGACAUCUCGCGGCAGUUGACAAACAGCGAGCGCUGAAAACGAAAAAUUUUCGAUUUUCAGCAUUUACAAUCAGCUCGGAAUUAACGGGACCGGGAAAGCAGCGACCAAGUUAAAUCAAAGAUUUUUUCAAUCUAGUUCAAACGCCAAACGGACAUGAUCAAUAACCGGAUUUUCGUCACUCGACGGACAAUCGAUGUUGCUGCUGCUGUUCUUGGCUUCUUGCCGACGACCUACGGUGGAUCAACUAGUGGAUACCGUAGUGGAGGUGGUCGCGGAGGAGGUGGCGGGGGUCAGAGAAAUGGUUAUGGUGGUGGCGGCGGAGGUGGGAGCAGUAGCAGUGGUCGUUUUGGCAGCAGAGGAGGAGGUGGAGGUGGCAGCAGCCGUGGAGGCGGUGGAGGUCGAGGAGGCAGCAGUCUGAGGAAACCAAACUGGGACUAUGAGAACCUGAAACCAUUCAAAAAAGACUUCUAUGUUCCCCACUCUAACGUAUCCAGCCGGCUGCCUCGCGAGGUGGAAAUUUACAGAGGAGACAAGCAGAUCACCCUCAAGGGCGACAGCAUUCCAAACCCCAUUCAGUAUUUCGAGGAGGGGAAUUUUCCUGACUAUGUAAUGCAGGGAAUUAGAAAGCAGGGAUUUGCAGAACCAACAGCAAUUCAGGCUCAGGGAUGGCCCAUUGCCAUGUCUGGACGCAACAUGGUCGGCAUCGCUCAAACCGGAUCAGGAAAAACUCUAGGUUACGUUCUCCCAGCCAUUGUUCAUAUCAACAAUCAGCAGCCUCUGAAUCACGGUGAUGGACCCAUCGCUCUGAUCCUUGCACCGACCAGAGAACUCGCGCAGCAAAUUCAGACGGUUGCGACAGAAUUCGGCUCUCUUUCCUAUGUCAGAAGCACGUGCAUAUUUGGUGGAGCACCUAAGGGAGGCCAGGCUCGAGACCUGGAGCGAGGGGUCGAAAUUUGCAUUGCCACUCCUGGUCGCCUGAUAGAUUUUCUUGAAAGGGGCACUACUAAUUUACGCAGAUGCACGUACUUGGUAUUAGACGAAGCUGACAGAAUGCUUGAUAUGGGAUUUGAACCUCAAAUCAGAAAAAUCAUUGAGCAGAUCAGACCUGACAGGCAAGUACUGAUGUGGUCUGCAACUUGGCCAAAAGAAGUUCGCAACCUUGCUGAAGAGUAUUUAACUGACUACACGCAACUGAAUAUCGGCUCGCUCACACUUUCUGCGAACCACAACAUUCUGCAGAUUAUCGAUGUUUGCCAAGAGCAUGAAAAAGAAACCAAAUUGGGAAGCCUGCUGCAAGAAAUUGGAAACGUUAACGACGAUGGCGGAAAGACAAUUAUAUUUGUUGAGACUAAAAAAAAGGUUGAGAACAUCACAAGAAACAUCCGCAGAUACGGGUGGCCAGCAGUAUGCAUGCAUGGCGACAAAUCGCAGCAAGAGCGUGAUUACGUUCUCAGAGAAUUUAGAAACAAGAAGGGUUCAAUCCUUGUAGCGACAGAUGUUGCUGCGCGUGGCCUGGAUGUGGAUGACGUAAGGUACGUGAUCAAUUUCGACUACCCGUCAUCGUCAGAAGACUACAUUCACAGAAUCGGUAGAACGGGCCGGUCGCAAAGUACAGGAACAAGCUACGCUUUCUUCACCCCACAGAAUGGCAGACAAGCCAAGGACUUGGUCAAUGUACUUCAAGAAGCUAAUCAGGUUAUCAAUCCCAAACUAAGUGAGUUGGCUUCGCGAAGUGGUGGCGGCGGCGGCGGAGGCUACGGAGGCAGAAAUCGUUGGGGAUAUGGAGGCGGACGUGGACGAGAAAAUAAUUAUUCUGGCGGUAGCAAGCGGUUCGAUACGGGCCGCAGCAACGGUUAUAACAAUUACAAUUGAGUUCGUUUUUACUAGUUCCUAAUGGCCGUAUACGGUAUACAUAUUAUGAUUCGACUUGCCCGAAGGACUACCCAUCUUGUUAAUUGAUAUAUAUUUGACACUACGAUUGAGUGAACAAAUGGUAAGAGUCCGGCAGGACAGUAACCAGAAUUUGCUACUUUAAAUAUCGGCCAUUCAUAGUUAUCUACCAAAUUCUCUUUAUUUAUAGUCCCAACCUGAGUUAGUGAUUUACGAACGGGACCCUAUUUGAUUUAGACAAUUCUUAUUUAUGGUAUAUUAAUAAUGUUAGAUUUGAACUUUGUCGGGAGCCACGUGAGGCAAAUAUUUCACAUUUCAGUAUUCAUUCCAAAUUAGUCUGGAAUUCUUAGGUAUUAAUUACUUUUUUCGUAAACUUUGGUAGGAUAAAACUGCACAAGUUUGCAGGUAGCUAUGUUAUGAAACUUUUCGUACAUUAUCGAUGUAACAAGUCUAUACGACAUUAAUGAUUUUGAGUCUGAGAGACUAAUUAAGUACAUACGAGGAUGCAGACUGGUGAUCUGCAGGAUAAUGAUACGAGGUUAAUGAUCUGAGUCUGAGAGACUAUUAAUUGAGUACAUACAAGGAUGCAAGCGAUGGUUGAAAAAAAAUGAAUGAAUUAUAUUUAUCAAAAUAUUUCAUUGUUUCUUCAUCAUUCAAUUUUUCUGACUUGUAAUAACGCUGUGAAUUAAAUGUCGAUCUUACGUACUUGUAUGUAUCAAGUAUGUAUGUACGUCGAAACUUAAGCACAACAUGAUCAAUAAACUACCACCAAUGCA